CACACUCCCGCCACAGUGGAAGCAGCAGACCAGCGCCGCAUCUGCAGUAGUGCUCAGUUCUCCCGCUUCCACUCUCGGUUCUUUAGUUUUCCUGCUGAAAUCGAAACAGUAUAAAUCUGAAAAUAAAAGGGAAGAGAUUGAGAAAGGUGUACGAAUAAAGAAAGGGAGUGGGCACAGAAAAAAAAAAUUCUUCGAAGAUUAUCUUAAGAGACUGAAUUUUUUUGUGGGCUGGAUUUUUGCGCCAUGACUCUGGAAACGGGAUGCACACUGUUCUCGGCUGGAGGUUUUUGCGCUGGCACGGAUUAAAAAAGUGUUGCCUUUCUCGGGAGAAUUAAGUGACAUUUUUGCCGCGGCAAAAUUCGGUUUGCUCAUCUGAACCCGCUGAUCGGGUUUUGUCAUCGGUUGCGGCCGCUGUGGAGUUUCGCUGUUGCUCGAAGGAAAUCAGUCCGGUUGAGUGGACAGUUAUCGCAAUCGGACCUUCUCGGACAUUUCAGAGAGAGAUACGAUUAAAAAAGUUUUGUAUUGACUUUGAGUGAAACGAAUCCCGCGAUGCACGGACUGAAGCGACUGCGGGAUAGUGCGACUAAGGGACGUUUUAAUGCCCCGAAUGUGCUUUUUUGGAUGACUUUAGGACUAGUGUUGAACGCAUGGCCCGUUUUGCUUACAAGUUCUACAGAGAAAGCAAUUCCCGGCAGAGCCCCAGACUACGGAUGCCUAACUUCAGCAAAUAUCACACGAUCCAGACCAAGGAGAUCACCGGCUUUAGUUGGUCAUUCUCACCUCUUAUCUAAAGUGGAACAUCCCACAUUUGAUUAUUCUGUGCCAACAAACGUCACCACUCAACUAGGUCAAACAGUCUACUUACACUGUAAAGUGCACAACUUAGGAGACAAAGUAGUGUCUUGGAUCCGGAGAAGAGAUUUCCACGUCUUGACUGUUGCCUUGAAUACUUAUACAGCUGAUGACAGAUUCGUCGCUGUGAACAUGGAUCGGUCUGAUGACUGGAUGCUGCAAAUAAAACUGGCCCAACUGGCAGAUGAGGGUCUUUAUGAGUGCCAAGUCAACACACACCCUUUAAUAAGCUUCUUCGUGAAUCUCACUGUUCUAGUUCCUAAGUCUUCAAUACGGGAAGCUCCUGAUCUGUACGUCAAGACGGGCAGUUCCAUCAAUCUGACUUGCAUCAUUAGCCAAAGCCCAGAGCCUCCAGUUUUCGUGUUUUGGUACCAUAAUGAUCGGAUGAUCAAUUAUGAUUCAUCUGGAGGAGACAUUUCAGUUCAUAAAGCCGGACAAGACACAGCUAUCAGCCGCCUGUUCAUCAAGAACGCUCAACCUUCAGAUUCAGGGAACUACACCUGCUGCCCGUCGAAUGCAGACGCCUCGAGUAUUAGCGUGCAUGUCCUCAACGGAGAGAAACGAGCCGCAAUGCAGCACGACUUGAACACCUCCCCCGCCUCCGGUGGACUGACCAUCGCAACGGAUCGCUACUCUUGGGGAUUCUCAAUUUCUCUGCUGUUUUUCCUGGUUCUGUCAUCCUGACGCCGCUGACUGGCAUCCGAUCAGUAAAUCAGAUAUGACAGUCCGUCCACUUCUCAGCCACAAUUUUAAUACAGGUAGAUAAUCAUCUAUGAAGUGCUGCAGCAGUAUCUCAAAAUCUUAAGAAGAAAAAAAAAUAAAGCGAAGUCUUUUGAAACGAAUUUAAAGUCUUGAUGAUUGGUGGCUAGAGCUAAACUGGACUUUUCAUCUAUAUUGAAAUGAACUGUCUACGAGCUACAAAACGUCCAUUGUUGAAAAAAGGGCCAAAUUAUAUAGCUAGAAACAAGAAUUUGAUGUUAGACACCUCGCUUUACAGAAAAGUCUGUUUUCUCGAUUUGUGAUACUGCACGCAGCAUUCAUAUGUUACAUUUACAAGAAUAACAUUCCUGACUCCUGUGGUUCCCAAUAUCUAUAUAUGUCGUCUCAACCAAAAAACAAAUACCAACACAUGAUAUUAAAUAUGUGUAUUUACAAAAUUCAAUGUGCUACAACACAGAUAUCGAUGCCAAAUAUUGACUUAAGGACACUGCAUGAACUGCAAAGUGUGCAUAAACUAUAUGUUAUUUGACUUUUACAUAUGUGUAUACUGAAUAUAAUAAAAGAUUUAUGAUAUAUAUAUAUAUAUGUAUACUGUAAAAGAUUCUUGUUUAUCAGGAACAGAUUUCAAAGGUGCUCCAACUUAUCAUAAUAUAGUACGAAACAAUGCAAAUUUAAAGAAUUUUCUAGAAAGGACUAUUGAAUAACUAACUCCAGAAGAACAGCUUUCAUCUGUGUAUUGUACAAUAGUUUGGCUAUCCCUUCACAUUCACUGACUGCAGGACAAACGUGAAGUUGAUCUUACGAGGGAUGAAGCUUAUUCUUUGAUAAAAGGUUAACUUUUUUUUUCUAUCUCGAUAUUUUUUCCUCUGUAAAGUUAAAAUGUGAAUUAAGAGUGAAGCAUGCUGGAGAAAGAUCUCAUAUAUUUAGUUGGUGUGGUUGGUAUAUAAAGAGGUUUUUUUCUUUCAUAUGUGAAUACCUAAAUAUGUGUUAUGACAUGAUUUGAAGCUCAAAUUAUGUAAU